GCCAUGCAAGAAUCUAUGCAUUGAUGAGUACCUGAUGUUAGGGAAAGGUAGACUGGCGAUGCGUAAAUAUAUUCCCUCCAAAAGGCACAGGUUUGGGGUCAAGUUCUUUGUCAUGUGCGACGUGAAGACAGGAUUUGUCCAGGACAUUAUAGUUUACACAGGGUCCACCACUGACAUCCAACAUUAUGAGGGGCUUGGGGUGUCCGAGUCCGUGGUGAUGACCAUGCUGGCUCCUCAUCUCAGCAAGGGACACACAUUGUAUGUGGACAAUUGUUACUGCAGUCCCACACUCUUCCAGCAUCUGCUCUCCAACAGCACAGGGGCCUGUGGGACAGUCAGGUCGAACAGGAAGGGGAUGCCGGCAUUCGGAUGCAGGAAGAUGCAGAGAGGGGAGGUGGAGUUCAAGGAGAACGGUCAACAGCUGGCAGUAAAGUGGCAUGACAAACGAGACGUCCAUGUCCUCUCCACUGUCCAUACAGCAACCAUGUCGGCCACAGGGAAGGUGGACCACCUGAUGGGAGAGAGAGAAAUCAAACCAGACUGUGUACUUGACUAUAACCUCAACAUGGGGGUAGUGGAUAAGGCGGACAUGAUAAACAGCUUUGUGGAAUGCACUCGGAAAACGACCAAGUGGUAUAACAAGAUAUUUUUCCAUCUGAUCGACACUGCUGCCCUCAAUGGCCACAUAGAUCACCACCAACUAACAGGUGAGAUGAUUACUGAACAAGGUAUUUUUUGUAGUUGGACAUACAUUUCACAUGCAAAUCACAUACAGAUACUAUUAACCUAA